UUGCCGUCGCGACGCUCUCCGACGCUCUAGCCACGACGUUGUGAGAACCCGCGAGAGCAGUGCGCGUCCAUACGUCGCGACAGUCGUUUCUACGUUUCUCUGUCUAUUUCUCUAUCCUUUUCUCUCUCUUUCUUUGUCUUCUUCUUUGCAUAUCAGCAGCUUCCUUUUAUGGAGCGAAUCGUUUCACGCGAAUUGUCGUGACGUCCUCAAUCUGAACGUUCUCAUUCCACGAAAAAAAGAAUUUUAUUCAUCAGAGUGACAUCGGAAAAAAUAUCACAUCUUAGUCCACGUGGAGAUAGCGUCUUUGAACAACAGAUUCUAAGUUCGGACAAUUUCAAGAGUCCUUUUUCAAUUCUAGAAUUCGUUCGUCCGGUUUCACAGAAUGCCAUUCUUCAACUUGAAUUGGAUAAUAAGAUCACGAUGACGUGCUCAUGCGCUUCGAGGACGGUCCUACGAAAGGAAAGGAAACGAACUCUCUUCUGUGAAUGGAACGCAACGAGGAAGACGACGUCUACGACGACGACGACGACGACGACGACGACGACGACGACGACGACGACGACGACGACGACGACAACGACGGACGACGACGACGACGAUGACGACGACAACGAGGAAGGCCGAGAACGAGUAAAAGAAAAGGAAAGAGGCUACGAGUGAGUGCGAGGGAGAGGAGGAUAAAGAGUAGAGGAGGACGAACGAGGUAUAGAAGUCAGUCAGUCAGUCAGUCUGGCCGCGCACGCUUCUGAUUCACUACUCUCGAGUGCUCUCGAGUGCUUUUGCCAUGAGAUUUUUCUAAACCUCGCGCGUGUUACUGAUACAUUGCUUUAUCUUUUUUUUUUUUCCUGAACAACCGAGAAAAAAAAGAUAAACGGAAAGAAAAAGAAGAGAGAGAUAGAGAGAGAGAGAGAGAGAGAGAGAGAAAGAGAAGGAGAGAGAGAGAGAGAGAGAGAGAGAGAGCAGGUAAUAAUAAAUCAACGGACGAUCAACUAGCACAGUGAAAACGAGAAGCUCGGUCUUGUUACUUGGCACCGUCAAAGGAUUUUUUAAGAUUCCCGCGCGUUUCGUCGAAACGGAGACUUUCGACGUUCUUUCGGUCUGUAUCAAAAAGAAGCGAGAAAAAGCAAGGUUCCGUGACUGGGCAUGCUACUGGGAAACGUGGAGAGAGCGUGUCUCUUAUUGACAGCAAUCCACGUUUUGUUCGGCAGAGGUGUCAAUGCGGAGACAUUCACCCUUGGAUACAUCACCGGUUCGAAACGACGUCCAGGGGAUGGAGAAUACGAGCGUCCGGGUGUUCGGAUAUCCGGCGCCAUCACUCUCGCUGUCGAAGAGGUGAAUGCGGGAGAACUCGGCAGACAAGGUCAUAAGCUCGAUUUUUUGGUCGCUGAGACGUAUGGCGACGAGGAAACCAGCAUAUUGAUGACAGCUGAUCUCUGGAAAAAGAAUGUCAGUGCUUACAUCGGUCCACAAGAGAGUUGCAUUCACGAAGGGAAAAUGGCUGCUGCGUUCAAUCUCCCAAUGAUAUCAUACUUCUGCACGCAUCACGAAACCUCCGAUAAAAAUAAAUUUCCAACCUUCGUUAGGACUCGGCCACCCGACACACAGAUAUCAAAAUCUGUGGUUUCCGUUUUAAAAGCUUUCAAUUGGAUGAAGGUGACGUUCAUGUAUAUGAACUCGUCAUUGGUCGAUUUCAGUAAAAUGUCAACCAUCGGAACAACGAUCCUGUCGUCUUUCGAAAAUAAUGGAAUUACAGUUAAUUUCCUUCGUUGUUGGAAGGAUCCUUAUUAUUUAAUGAAAAAUGUGGAGAAUCCGUUUAAUGAAAUUGUCAAAGAAACUUAUCGGGAGACUCGAAUUUACGUGAUUCUAGGAAAUCACGACGAGCACAUGGGUCUCCUGAUGGCACUCGACAAAAGAAAACUCUUGGAAAAAGGAGAAUACUGGGUAGUUGGGAUUAACUUCGAUCAAUACGAUGAACAGAAGCCAGACAAAUAUCUUCGUGGAUUAUAUCAGGAUAGAAUAAAGGAUUAUUCUGUACUUAAAGCUUAUCGCAAUUACUUCAGCAUUGUUGCAUCAGCGCCGAUUGAUUUCGACAAUUUCACGAAACUAAUCAAUGAUUAUAGGCAGAAACCACCCUUUAACUUCACCAAUCCAUUAUUGAUGUUGAGAGUUAAUGGAUUAGUUCAGAUAGUGCCGGAGACGGCUUACCUUUAUGAUGCUGUACAUCUUUAUGAAAUGACACUGUUAAAAGCAUUAAAUGAAAGUCGUGAUCCACGAAAUGGAAAAGAAAUGGUAACUGCUCUACACGGAGUUCAUUAUCGCAGUGCUAUGGGUUACAUGGUGUACAUGGACGAGAAUGGAGAUGCAGAAGGUAAUUACACGUUGAUUGCUUUGGAUAAUCAGACUGACAAAGGUUAUGGUCUUUAUCCUAUCGCAUAUUUUGUUGGUAAAGAAGAAGGAUCAAAUUUACCUAAGCUUCGAUUGAUACGAGAAAUUUCUUGGGUCGGUGAUGGUCCACCUAUCUCAGAACCAUAUUGUGGAUAUCAUGGUGAAAAAUGCAAGUCUUACACGAUCGAGAUAAUAGGUGGUAUAGCAGGUGGAUUACUAUUAAUCAUUGUCGCAGUGCUAUUAAUUCUAUAUAGAAAUUGGAAAUACGAGCAAGAGUUGGAUUCGUUACUUUGGAAAGUAAACUAUAAGGAUAUUCAGAUCAAAGAGGCAAAGGAUGAAAACGGAGCAUCUAAUGAGAUCUCAGUCAAAUGUAAUUCCAAGACGACGCAACCGAUAGUGAGAACGAGUCAGGUAUCCUUGAGCUCGAAUCCUGACGCCGAUUUUCGCUAUUCCAUGAUUUAUACACAAAUUGGAGUUUACAAAGGACGAAUCUUUGCCAUUAAAAAAAUAAGAAAGAAAUCAAUCGAGAUUACACGAGAGAUGAAGAAGGAAUUGAAAAUAAUGCGAGAUUUGAGACACGAUAAUUUAAAUGCAUUUAUCGGUGCUUGUACCGAUCCUCCAAAUAUAUGCAUCGUCGUUGACUAUUGUGCACGAGGCAGCUUGAAGGAUAUUUUAGAAAACGAAGAUAUAAAGCUCGAUAACAUGUUCAUGGCAUCGCUGGUCGGUGACAUUAUAAGGGGCAUGAUUUAUCUUCACGAGUCUGUCAUAAAAUAUCACGGAUCGCUCAGCACGUCAAACUGCCUCGUGGAUUCUCGUUGGGUCGUAAAGCUGUCGGAUUUUGGGCUUCGCGAAUUUAAACGAGACGCCGAAUGUGAGCCAAGUGACGUUAUGAAAAAAUACCACGGAUUAUUGUAUAGAGCACCAGAAUUAUUACGUUCAACUGGUCUCGAUGAACCAUCAGCGAGAGAUUUUCAAAGAGGAGACGUAUAUUCCUUCGCUAUAGUUCUUUACGAGCUUCAAGGUCGCCAUGGUCCUUUCGGUAUAACUCAAUCAUCUACUCCUGAAAUUUUGAAGAAAAUAAUAACGAGAAACACAACAAAUCCACCAUACAGACCACCGUUGGAACAGCUAGAGAACACUUUUGAUUUUGUACGUGACUGUUUGUUGGAAUGCUGGGCUGAAGAUCCAGAAAAUCGGCCGGAUUUUAAGAUCAUAAGGAACAAAUUAAGACCUUUGCGAAAGGGCAUGAAACCGAACAUAUUUGAUAAUAUGAUGGCAAUGAUGGAAAAAUAUGCAAAUAAUCUCGAAGCUCUUGUGGACGAACGAACUGAUCAAUUGACAGAAGAAAAAAAAAAAAACGAUGCAUUGUUGUAUGAGAUGCUUCCGAAAUACGUGGCCGAACAAUUAAAACGUGGAAACAAAGUCGAAGCUGAAAGUUUCGAUUGUGUCACGAUUUAUUUCAGUGAUAUCGUUGGAUUUACUUCGAUGUCAGCCGAAAGUACACCCUUACAGGUGGUGGAUUUCUUAAACGACCUGUAUACGUGUUUCGAUUCAACAAUAGAAAAUUACGACGUUUACAAAGUUGAAACUAUCGGCGAUGCUUACAUGGUUGUAAGUGGAUUGCCGAUAAGAAAUGGCAUUCACCAUUCUGCAGAAAUCGCCAGUAUGUCCUUGUGCCUCUUAGAUGCUAUCAAGCAAUUCACGAUACGUCAUAGACCUUUGGAUAAAUUGCAACUUCGAAUAGGAAUUCAUUCGGGUCCUGUUUGUGCUGGAGUCGUGGGUUUAAAAAUGCCACGAUAUUGUCUAUUUGGUGACACCGUAAACACAGCCAGUCGUAUGGAAUCAACAGGAUCUCCAUUAAAAAUUCAUUGUAGUAGCGAAACGAAAAAAUUAUUGGACGAGCUAGGUGGAUUUAGUCUAAUUGAACGCGGUGUAGUUUCCAUGAAAGGUAAAGGAGAUCGAUUGACCUACUGGCUGAUAGGUGAGGAUCCAGUGUCACGAGAAGAACGUUGGAAAGAAAGAACAAAUCGUAAAAAUGCAACGAACGGUAAAUGUACGAAUACAAUCGAUCCACUCGUACCACGAAGUUCAUUAAAGAACAAAUCUCUUAUGAGUUCGACAUUCAUGAGAUGUUCAAGCGAGUCACCAAAACGUUUACGUUUUGCUAGCUCUGAUCAGCUGGAUCAAAAAUGUAUAAGAACGAGCAACCAAUUGGAAUCGAUCGUCGACAAUAGUCCCUGUAAACCAAAAUUAUCAUCCUCGUCUUUAAUGAAGGCCGCUUGUAUAGAAAACUGGAGAUCGAGUAGCAAUUCUUGUCCUUGUGUAGAGAAACUUUGUGAAAGUCAAUCGGAUCUUUUGCAACAUCCACUUAAUCCAAGUAAAAAGAAACUAAACGAUCUUCAAUUAGAUAACAGUUUCCUUUUUGACAAUGAUUCUUAUCUUUUAAGAGCUGGCAUGAAAAAUCUUCGAUUUGGUACAUCAGCGAUAUUUCAAGUAACUUGUAGAUCAGCACCGAGCAGUCCUAAACAUAGUUCGAUUAUCUUAAACGCACAAAAAAGAGCGACUCAAUCGACUGAAGAUAUCGAUGGAUGGGAAGUGAAUGCUCCGUUAAUUUGUCACCAUGGUAAUAGGAUCAAUUGAAGAAAAUGAAUUAUUUUUCUUUUUUUUUCGAGCUUUAGAUUUUUAUUCAUUGUGACAUUUUAUGUAGGUAAUUUGAAGUUCUGUCCUUAAGAUAUAGAAACGAAAGGUGAAUGAUUUCUACGGCAACUGAAAUUAUUUACUAAUUUCAUUUAUUUGUCGUAUAGUAAAUGUCAAUUUAAAAUUUUUCUUAAAGGAACUAGGGAAAUUUGGAACUUAAAAUGUUGGCACGCGUUUAAUUGUACGUAAAAAGGCCGCAAAUGAAUUUCUUUUUACGGUAUUGAUUAUAACAUUAUAAAAUAAGAAAAUCCAUUGAGAAUCGUUCCAGCUUGUAAUAUCAGCACUUCGACGUAAUGAAUCAAACUAUAUAAAAUCUAAUUUUACCAUGAUUUCAAUCGAAUGGAUGAAGGUUUUCAAAAAUCCCGAAGAUAUUUCUUUUCCUUAGGUUUCCCUUUAUUAAUUAUACCUGAAAAAUUGAAAAUCAAAAUAAAAUUAACGACGUUAACGUUAAGAUAACGAAAAAUUAAUAAAAAUUGGAAUUAUUUGUUAUUAUAAAAUUGUAAAAACAUAUUUUUUCAAAUUUGAUUUUAGUUAUAAUUAAUAUGUCAUAAUAUUUUGCAAUUUCUAUAUAAAUAUCAAGUUUAUAUCUCGAGAUAUCGUAGUAAAAUAAUGAAACAAAAAAGUAGUUUCGAGAAAGUCGCGUUUAAACUUUCAACAUAAUCUUUUUAUUAUAAUAUAUUAUGUUGGUCGUACACUUAUACGAUUCAAAAAAUUUUCUGUCGUUAAAGCUGCUUGUUGAAUGAAUUUCACUAUUCUAUCGUUUGGUGUACAAGUAAGAAAAUUUAGCAGAUUCAUUAAAUCGCAUAGAUUCUUACAAAACCUAACCAAUGGAAACCUUAUGCCCAUUUGCUUGGUAACACUAUGUUUUAUAAUUUUCUGACCGAAAGAUUCUGAAAUAUUGAUACUAAUGGAAUAUGCAAAUAACAUUGAAUUUUUCGAAUUUUUAAACUUCCCUAGUUCCCUUAAGAUUUAAUUCGUAAUGCAGGAUGUACCAAAGCAUAUGUUGCACGUACAAAGACAAAGAGAGAGAGAGAGAAGGAGAGAGAGAGAGAGAGAGAGAGAGAGAGAGAGAGAUACACUUAGAAGAGAUCUUUUUAUAUUAUUUUUAAAUAGAAAGAGAAGAAAUAGUAUUCUUCGCGUCGUGUAUACCUCGCGAUUUUAGCAUGUGCAUAUACAUUUAUAUAUUUACGAUUAAUCACGAAGGCUCGUGCUUUUUAUCCUUUAUAAGUCUAGUCAAUUUUAUUUUUUCACGCAUAGCACAAUUUUGGACAAGGUAUAUAAUUAGAUACGUUAAUAAAUGUAGUCAAAGAGAAUUUUUCAGAAAUCGGAGCAUAAAACAAUGAAAAUUUUCCAAAGACUAUAGCAACACUGCCAUUAAUGCCAUUUAAAGACAAGUAUUAUCAAUAACUAUUAUCUUAAUUAUGACUCUCGAUUGUCAGGCCACUAGUACUUAAAUUUAUUAUAAUAUAAUAAAGAAGUAUUAAUUAAACGAACAUUGCAAAAAAAAAAAAAAAGAAAUAUGAAUAGUUUCAUUCUCUAUUUUUUAUUUUUCAAAGGUGCAGGAAAUACACUUUUUAUGUAAUUUAAAAUAAAAUGAAAUGUUACAUAGAUAUGAACAAGUUAAAUAAACAUUAUUUAAGCCAAUUUCAUUGAAAAAAAAUUCAUGACCGUGAUACAGAAUCAUUAUUCCUUCAUAAAAGAUAAUAUAAGACGGAUCGAAAGUGAUAACGUAUCGUUUAAUUAUUAUUAUUAUUAUUAUUAUUAUUAUUAUUAUUAUUAUUAUUAUUAUUAUUAUUAUUAUUAUUAUUAUUAUUGUUAUUAUUAUUAUUAUUAUCAUUAUUAUUGAGGAAAUUAAUUAAAUACGAGAGCAUCAACAUGAACCAUAAGACGAAGAGCAACAAGACGAUUGUGCGUAUUGCGUUUCCACUUUUUCCAUUUCACUUUUAUCUUACACGCACGACUGCUUACGAGUCUCGCACAGUUGCACGUUCAAAGAAAAGUGGACAAAGUCGAUAGUUGUGGCGAUCAAACGCACGCAAACAAAUAGUUUUAAAUAGUAAUUCGAAUCUUUUUUCGUUAAUAUCGAUCAAUUUGAAUCGAGCGAAUUUUUAAAUAAGAUUAAAUACCAAGAACGAACACAAAGAUCAUAUUAUAAGAGCACUGUUAACAUCUGUGUAUAUCUGGUUAUCAUUUUUUAGGAAUUGUUGCUUAUUUUCAUAGUAGAUCAGAAUAACAUCGGUAAGUUGAUCAACUUAUUUAAACAUAAAUUAAAAAAUCGAUAAUUUAAGAGUUAAUAAUAAGUAAAAAAAAAACACAAAUGACUAAUAUUAAUAAUUAUUAUUUCCAUUGAGGAAAAAAGGCAAAUAAAAAUACGUACAAUCAGAAUUUUUCUUUUAGCUUAUCACUAAACACUUUCCAUUUAAUUAAUUAAUAAUUAAGCAUGGUACGGUAUAAAGCGUAUCAAUAGACAAAUAGCUUUGCGUUUAUUUUCCAACAAACAUGUUACAAUUCCCUUAUCAUCGGUUACACGAGAAGAUAGAAAAAGGACGACAAUCGAUUAAAAUAUUUCUUUGGUAUUGCCACGAGACGUUAUACGCUCAUUCCACUAUCGCAUAAUCGCGGAGUACAACAGGCAACUCUGGAUAGUGCGAACGACUCGUGUAAAUAUAAGAGCCGACUGUUGAAUUUAUUGCACGAAUUAUUAUGCGCAAUUAUACGCAAAGUCGCCAAGUCCGCGGACGGAUCGCGGAAUUUGAAAGCGUGCUGGUACGAGAUACGAGUUAUACUGGGAGAAAGAGGAAAAGAAAGAGAGAGAAAGAGAGAGAGAUAGAAAGAAAGAGAAAGAGCGAGAGAGGGAGAAAGCAAAUACUUUAAAUACUUCAAAUAUUUACUUCUCACUUUUUUUAUCUCUUUCUCUUUCUUUCUGUAUAAGUUCUCCGUUCGAAAGGAACGUCAUAUAAGUCCAAAUAAUUUUUAUCUAUAGCACGAUAAGAUCAUUAUUAUUUGACAAAAUGAUUCAAUUAAAGAGAGAGAGAGAGAGAGAGAGAGAGAGUGAGAGAGAGAGAGAGAGAGACAGAAAACAUGAAUUUACAAAAGAAUUUCUAAACUUCUAUUCUUCUUAGAACAUUACUAUAUAAGAAGACGAAAAAGAUAAAUUGUGGGAAGGAAAGAGAUAGAAAUAAUCGAGAAUAAGAUAUUGAGAGAUUGUAAAGUAUCCCGACGAUCCAGUUCGUAGACGGUCACCCUGUAUAACGAGGCAACUCUUACGUACGGAAUGGGGUACCAUCUUAUUUACGUUAAAGUGGUUGUCGGCCAACUUAGAGAAGCGGCCAUCAUUCAAUCAAGCCGGGAACAAUUUAAACAGCCUGAUUCACGCAGCGAAAUCAUUUAAUAUUUGACGUCAAGCACGAUUAUCGUAUAACGGUCGCGUAAUAGCCGAUUUGUUUGUAUAGGUUGCAACAAGCGGCGCCGUAAUUUUCAAAUGGCACGUCUGCUGCCAUGAGAACGGGACGUUCGCUCGGAUCACCAUUUUGAUUUACUUCCUUUCUAUAAAAAUAUAAUGUAUAUAUAUAUAUAUAUAUAUAUAUAUAUAUAUCUUUUUGUUUUGUUGCUGUUCUUUUCCUCUUAAAAAAAAAAAAAGAAAUAAAUCCUAAAAAAAAUCUUCUCCCAAAACUAUGUUCAAAUAUUUUUGAAUUCUUCAUUUCCACCGGCUUUUUCAUUGUCAUUAAAGAUCGAGUCGAUCGGGUCGAGUCUCUUGACUUUGCUGUGACUCCGAGCGAUCUUUAGAAGCGUAUUUUUAUUAGUACUCUCUUCUGCCAGCCGGCCAAUCUAUUUAUAGACACGAAUUAUCUUCAUCCGCCGUAGAACAAUACGUCAGCAUGCUGCUCGGCUCGUGAAGAGCUUUCAAUAGGAA